AAACUAUAAUUAUUUUUGUUUUCAAGCAUUCUUUUGUAACUAUUCAUUUAAGAUGGUGGUGUAGGAUUUUGUAAACCCAACUAAAGCUAUUGGAAUGUUAUAUUCCUAUAAUUUCAGCCCAAUAGAUAUCUGCCAAAAUGGAGGGUUAACAUCUUGUUUCCUUCUCUUUCAUGCUAUAUAUCAGUCCAACUAGAUGAGAAGAAUCGACAAUGUAAAAAUUAUUGGCAUAAAAAACCUUAGUGAUGGCAAAUUCAUCAGAAGGAACUGACCUAAUAAGGACGACACUAUAUGGAGGGCGUACAUUAUGGGCAGUAGUGAAAAGAUGACUUACCAAAAAACAAAUGAAAUGAAAUGAACUGAACCACCAUCACUCAUUCAUACGCCCUCCCCUCGCAUGAAGAUAAGAUUAUUAACGAGCUUCUUACACGUGGCAUCCUCAUAAUUGUGGUUGAUGAUAAUUAUUUUCUAUGCAUAUGCUAUUGGUCUAAUAUUAACGUAAUAUCUUCAUCAAAGUAAACCAACGGUCAAGAUUAGAAGAAAUCCGAGCAGAAGGAAUUGUGUCCAUAAGAUGUAUGAUAUGUUAUUGGAUCAUUAUAUAUAGAGGGGGGUAAGGUUCCCAUAUGCGCAGAGCAAGGGAGCACAGAACAGAGAAAGGCAAAGAAGAAGUUAAAAAAAAGUAAUAGAGAAGGCAUAUUAAGCUAUGGCUUCUUCAAUGAUGUCUUCUGCCACCGUCGCCACCGUAAGCCGUGCCAGCCCAGCACAGGCCACCAUGGUCGCACCCUUCACUGGCCUCAAAUCUGCUGCUGCUUUCCCCAGCACCAAGAAAGCCAACAACGAUAUUACCUCCAUCACCAGCAACGGUGGAAGAGUUCAGUGCAUGCAGGUAUGGCCACCAAGGAACGUGAAGAAAUUCGAGACCCUUUCCUAUCUUCCACCACUUUCAGUUGAGUCAUUGCUUAAGGAAGUUGAGUACCUCCUAAGAAAUGGAUGGAUUCCCUGCUUGGAAUUCACUAUCGAUGACCCUUUUGUGUCCCGUGAGAACAAUAGAUCCCCAGGGUACUACGAUGGACGUUACUGGACCAUGUGGAAGCUGCCCAUGUACGGAUGCACUGACGCAACUCAGGUGAUUUCUGAGGUUGAGGAGGCGGCGAAGGAGUACCCCGACGCACAUAUCAGAAUCAUUGGCUUCGACAACAACCGUCAAGUGCAAUGCAUCAGUUUCAUUGCCUACAAGCCCCCAGUCUAAGUCAAAAACUGUCGUUUUGUAUAGCUAAGUAAAGUGGUUCAUCACACCCUCUUCUGAGCUAUAUAUUUAUAUAUAAACAAAAGGGUCUACGGUCUCUCUGAUUAAAUUUGUAUUUAGGCUUUUGAAAGAUCCUUUUAUUUUCUUUCUUUUUUUUUCUUUUUUUUUGUUCUUUUUUAAUGUUGGUACUUUAGAUUUUUGGAUCGGAACAGUUCGAUCGUAAUUUGCUUUUUGAAUUUCUGUUCCUCGAACUUUAAAUGUGGUCGAGAAUUUACCAUUAAUAAUAAGCAUCUUACUCUC